AUGAUAUCGGUAAGAUUCUAUGGAACUGCAGCAUAUCUUAUAGACAAAAGUCUUAUACCAAUAGUUUUGUUAUGGUUAGACCCAGUUGUUGGAUAUAACUUCAUAACAUAUGGUUCAUUCGAUACUGAACGUUGCAGUGAAGGCUUACUUUACAUCGUUCAGAAACCGAAGGACUUCAAUACAAAAAGAUAUAAGAUAGGAAGAACAUAUAAUAUAACUCUAAGAUAUGACAGUAUAGUCAAUAGAGUCAAGGUUGUGUUCGUUAACGAUAUGAGAGCUGCUGAAACAGAACUACUUGAAAAGUUUGAGAAAAUGUAUGGUGCUCCCACGAAAGGUAAAGAAACGUUUGAAGUAGAUGAGAUAGGUAAAGCUAUAAAAUUAUUUGACGAAGUUGCUGAAAAAUACAUGUAA